AUGGAGGACCAGCCUGUUGAUGAGCUUACUUCUCCUCUCUCAGAUCUUUCUUAUGAGCAGCAAUGUUCCUUCCUAAGUCCUAUUGCUCAACCACUUGCCUCAGAAAAGCUCACCAAACGAUUGUUUAAACUGAUGAGAAAGGCAAAAAGGACGAAGUCGUGCACAUUAGGCGUAAAAGCUGUAAUUAAAGAUAUUAUUAAGAGGAAUGAAUCUGGGAUUGUCGUACUUGCUGGGAACAUAUCCCCAAUAGAUACUAUUGCUCAUGUUCCGGUAACGCUUGAAGAACAUGACGUACCGUAUUGUUACGUGCCCUCCUACCUGCAUUUGUCAGCCAAUUACGGUGUGGGAAAAACUACUUUUUGUAUUUUGAUAAAGAAACAUGAAGACUAUGAGGAGCUGUACGAUAAGUGCUACAAGUCUGUGGAUGAUCUCCCUCUACCUAUAUCCUGA